AUGGCUACGCUUUAUUUGGCUCAGUCAAUUCACGUCCCUCGCUUAGAAGUGCCCUGGCAAAGGAAUGGUCGCGAGCGAAAGGGACCAAGAUCAGUUAAAAUGAUUUCCACUUCACGUUCAUCAUCUGGUUUGUUAAGAACGUCGGAUUUCCCAGCACUCCGAGCUGUUACUCCUUUGGACAUCACAAACACAAUGCUGAGACCUGUAAAAGAUUUUUAUUCCGAGGUGUCGUCUUUUGCAGCUUCUUCUUCUACGCGAGAAAGAAGGGCCAACAGAUUUGUACCAAAAGCCAUGUUUACGAAGAAAGCAGUCAAAGCAAUUGUGCUUUCACAGGAGGAAGCAAAACGUGUUGGUGACAAUUUUAUUGGAACGGAGAUGAUUCUAUUGGGUCUCAUUAGAGAAGGCACUGGGAUUGCUGCUAAGGUUCUCAAGUCUAUGGGGAUCAAGCUUAAAGAUGUACGUUUGGAGAUUGAGAGGAUAAUCGGAAAGGGUUUUGGUAAUUUUGGAUUUCAUGCUGCUGCUUCUGCUGAUGAAAUUCAAUUUUCAUCUCGAGCAAAGCAUGUAUUGGAACUCUCACAUGAAGAAGCCCGCCAACUUGGACACGAUUAUAUUGGAUCUGAGCAUUUGCUUUUGGGCCUCCUUCGUGAGGGCGGAGGUGUUGCUGCAUGUGUUCUUAAAAACCUGGGUUUUGAGCCAACUAAUAUUCGCACACAGGUUAUUCGCAUGAUUAGUGAAAAUGUUGACAAUGCCACUGCUAGUGAUGAGGGCCCAGAAAUGCCAACUUUGGGGGAAUAUGGUACCAAUUUGACAAAGCUGGCUGAACAGGGAAAAUUGGAUCCUGUUGUUGGAAGGGAGCAACAAAUUGAACGUGUCAUUCAAAUUUUAGUUCGUUUUAAAAAAAAUAAUGCUUGUUUAAUUGGAGAACCUGGUGUUGGGAAGACAGCUAUUGUCGAGGGUCUUGCUCAACGGAUUGUAAAUGGCGAUGUACCUGAAAUUCUACAUGGGAAGAAGGUUAUAAGCCUUGACAUGAGUCAACUUGUUGCUGGAGCUAAGUAUCGUGGAGAGUUUGAGGAGAGAUUAAAGAAACUAAUGGAGGAAAUCAAACAAAGUGAUAAGAUAAUACUUUUCAUUGAUGAAAUGCACACUCUAAUUGGAGCUGGAGCAGCUGAAGGAGCAAUUGAUGCUGCAAAUAUAUUAAAACCAGCUCUUGCAAGAGGUGAACUGCAGUGCAUAGGAGCGACAACUUUAGAUGAAUACAGGGAACACAUUGAACAAGAUCCAGCAUUGGAGAGGCGAUUCCAGCCGGUUAAAGUACCAGAGCCUACGGUGGAUGAGACAAUACAAAUUUUGGAAGGACUUAGAGAACGUUUUGAAAUUCACCACAAAGUCCGAUACACUGAUGAAGCCCUUGUAGCUGCUGCUCAGUUGUCACACCAAUAUAUCAGUGAUCGGUUUCUGCCAGACAAAGCUAUAGAUUUGGUUGAUGAGGCUGGAUCCCGAGUUCAACUUCGACCUGAACAGUUACCUGAAGAAGCUGGAGAGCUUGACAAGGAAGUCAAGCAGAUUGUGAAGGAGAAAGAAGAAGCUGUCCGCAACCAAGACUUUGAAAAGGCGGGAGAGCUACGAGAUAGAGAAAUGGAUCUCAAAGCACAGAUCUCAGCACUUGGAGAGAAAGGCAAGGAGAUGAACGAGGCUGAGAAUGAGUUAGGAGUUGGAGGUCGAGUUGUCACUAAAGCUGACAUCCAACACAUCGUCUCUACCUGGACUGGUAUUCCUGUUGAGGAAGCCUCAACGGAUGAAUCUGACAAACUCCUCAAGAUGGAAGAAAACCUACAAAAGAGGGUCAUUGGUCAGGAUGAAGCAGUGAAAGCCAUUAGUCGGGCCAUCCGCCGAGCCCGGGUGGGGUUGAAGGACCCGACCCGUCCAAUUGGCAGCUUCAUAUUUUCUGGUCCAACUGGUGUAGGCAAGUCUGAGUUGGCAAAAGCAUUGGCUGCAUACUACUUUGGCUCUGAGGAAGCCAUGGUUCGGCUUGACAUGAGUGAAUUUAUGGAAAAGCACACUAUUGCCAAGCUCAUUGGUUCCCCUCCUGGAUAUGUCGGUUACACUGAAGGUGGUCAACUAACUGAGGCAGUUAGGCGUCGGCCCUAUACUAUUAUCCUCUUUGAUGAAAUUGAGAAAGCUCAUCCUGAUAUAUUCAACAUGAUGCUUCAAAUUCUUGAAGACGGAAGGCUAACAGACAGUAAGGGCAGAACUGUGGACUUCAAGAACACGCUUCUUAUAAUGACUUCAAACAUAGGAAGUACUGUAAUUGAGAAAGGUCACUAUGAUGAGAAGGACAAUAGUUAUAAUGGUGUAAAGAGUUUGGUGACUGAGGAAUUGAAACAACACUUUAGGCCAGAGUUUUUGAACAGGUUAGAUGAAAUAAUUGUGUUCAAGCAACUUACAAAGCUGGAGGUGAAGGAGAUUGCUGAUAUAAUGCUGAAGGAAGUGUUUGACAGGUUAAAAGGCAAAGAUAUUGAAGUUCAAGUCACAGAAAGAUUUAAGGACAGAGUGGUUGAGGAAGGUUAUGAUCCUAGUUAUGGAGCCAGGCCUCUAAGAAGAGCCGUAAUGCGACUUUUGGAGGACAGCAUGGCGGAGAAGAUGCUUGCUAGAAAGAUCAAAGAGGGUGAUUCUGUUAUAGUGGAUGUCGAUUCUGAUGGGAAUGUGAUCAUACUAAACGGAAGCAAUGGUGCUCCAGAGACCUUGGUAGAGCCCGUAGCUAUAUAA